AUGGCAGAAUAUAGACAUUAUGCAACACCCCAUCCCGAAUGGGUCGAUUUCCCAAACAAUCUCCCCCCAGGCACAAAACCAAGCUUGGGCAUGACCAGAGACCAUGAUCCGAUUAUUCCACAGGAAGGUCUCAAUAUUUACGAAAUAAAUAUCCCUGUGCGUGAUAACACGUCUAUCACGCUGCGCAUCUACCGUCAAACUGCUCGCAACGAUGCCCUGCCUCUAUUCCUAUACAUGCACGGCGGUGGAUAUGUCACGGGUGGUCUUGAAACAGACGACGUAACAUGCAGAGCACUUGCGCUGGAAAUUCCUGUCGUUGUUGCAAGUGUCGAGUAUCGACUUGCGCCUGAGCACAAGUUUUCCAUUGGCUUUGAAGAUAGCUUCGACGUCGUCCGUUGGGCUGCAUCGCCAGAAGGCCAGGAGAAACUCGGCACGGACUUAUCUAAGGGAUUUAUUCUCGGUGGCACAUCUGCUGGCGCCAACUUUACUGCCGGAAUAUCGCAUUUGGCUCGCGACGAGGGCCUCUCUCCAAGAAUCACUGGUGUCGUGUUCCUCGCUGGGAGCUUCUGCCACCCAGAUGUGAGACCAGAGAAGUAUCUGGAUCGUAUUCUGAGCGUGGAUGAGAUUAAUGAUGCACCUGGCCUCACGCGAAAGUCAAUUGACUACUUCGCAGGAUUAUACGGUGCUCCCCCAACAGACAAGCGACUGUCUCCUCUUCUAUUCGAUUCCCACGCUGGUAUAGCAAAUAAAGCAUACUUUGCAAUCUGCGGUUGGGAUCCGCGUCGGGACGAUGCUAUUCUUCUCGAUCAACUGCUCCAAGAAGCCGGGCUGUCAACCAAAUCACACAUCUAUUCAGGGCUACCUCAUGGCUUCUGGACGACCUGCCCUGACUUACCUGUUUCCAAGGAGUGGCUACAGGAUCUCAUUCAGGGUGUGUGCUGGUUGUUAGAGUAA